AUGACAUCUAUGGAUCUGAAAUUUGUAAUCCUCUUAAUCUUCCCAAUUGUUAUUGGAAGCCUGGGUAAUUUCUCCCUUUUAUGUCAUUUUAUCUUCCUUUACUUCAGUGGAUGCAGCACCAGAUCCACAGAUUUGAUUCUCAGGCACCUGACAGUGGCCAACCUCUUGGUCAUUCUCUCCAGAGGAAUCCCAGAGACCAUGGCAGCAGCUGGGGUGGAAGACUUCCUCAGUAAUGUUGGAUGCAAACUAGUUUUCUACGUUCUAAUAGUGGGCAAGGGUGUGUCUUUCAGCGCCACCUGCCUCCUGAGUGUCUGCCAGGCCAUCACCAUCAGCCCCAGGAGCUCCAGGUUGGCAGAGCUGAAAGUGAAAGCCCUAAAGUACAUUGGGCCCUGUUGCAUCCUUUUGUGGCUGCUGCACAUGUUGUUAAACUUCAGAGUUCCUAUGCUUGUGAGUGACAAAUGGAGCAGUAGAAACAUGGCAAACAUUAUAGAUUAUCAAUACUGUUCAGCUAUAAUUUCUGGCAAAGGUAAUACCUGGUUUUUUACAGUAUUGUCACUGUCACACGAUAUUUUGUGUUUGAAACUUAUGAUCUGGAGCAGUGGCUCCAUGGUUUUCAUGCUGUAUAGGCACAAGCAGCGAACACAGCAUAUUCACAGACACAAAAUCUCAUCAAGAUCUUCUGCUGAGACCAGAGCUUCUCAAAGCAUCCUCAUCCUGGUCUGUGCCUUUGUAUCCUUUUAUACCCUGACUUCCUUCACAUAUUUUUUGUUUUCUGUUUAUGACAAAAGUGCUUGGUGGUUGGUUAACACUUCUGCCUUAACCAUUGUUUGUUUCCCGACUGCUAGUCCCUUCAUUCUCAUGACCCGUGAACAGUGUGUAUGCAGGCCCCUGUGGAGGAAGUGA